GCUCUUGUAGAACAUAAAGACAAAUUGACUUUGUUUGACGAAGAUAAACAGUUCGUACACGCUCACAUGCUCUAUGCAAAUUUCGCUAGUUUUGAAUAUAAAGUGUUAGAUACAGUAUGAGUAACGAAGAAGCAAGCCCCUCAAAAAACUACCCACCCACACCCAGUAGUAAUGAUGAAGCGAUUACGACGAGUUCCGAAUCGGAAGUAUUUGAAACCUGGACAUUAGUAACGGAUAAAAAGAAGACUAAAGAAAAAUCUCCCAAACCUGCAACUACAAUCAAAACGACAGAAAAUGAAAAUAAUCGCGUAGAAGAUUUGGAUAAACUGGAUGAAGUGUCGGAGAAGGGCGAGGUUAAGCAUAAAGUUGUGGAGGAGGAACAUCAAAAAAUACCUAAACCUGAACACGAUUCCAGCACAGAUGAUCUAUCGGAUGGUAUAUCAGUAAUUAGUGAAAGUGAGAGCGCUGGACGUAUAUCUCCAAAUCCUUAUCUACGCGAACAACUUAGUAAUUUGAAUUUGAAAUUUGCCACUGGUGUUGAUUUUGGCACUGUUCGACCACAAUUAACACCACCAAAUUCACCACUUUUGCCAACAGUGGUCAACUUUGAAAAUCAGUUGAGACAACGCUCUUCAAGUAAUGACUCCAAUACUGAAGAAAUAGGUAAUAAAAAUGCUGUGGAACCAUUGAAAGGUGAUAUAAUGACAAUAAUACAGAAUCAUCCAAUUGUAAGACGUGGUCUGACAGUUAUGUUUUAUGUUGGCGUUGCUUUGGCCUUGCUGGCAUUUGUUGGUAAGUUACGUAAUCCGGAAUGGCCACCCCUGCAAUCUGAUAAAUCCAUUGCACAAUUGCAGCAAAAAUUUACUGAUUUGGAGUUGCAAAAUAAUUUAAUGCGUGCUGAAAUUGAUUUACUUACAAAACAAGUCAAUUAUUUAAGCAAUGUUAAUGAUAAAACUGGUAAUGGCAGAGACGGACAGCACCAAAAUUAUAAACGAAAUGGUGCUGGGCAAAUGGAAACCAAAAGUAAAAACUUCAGAGUGUGGCAAGAAAAUGAUGGCAAGGUUGAAAAUGUCGAAAUUAGUGAAGACGACUUAAAACGUCCAUAUAAAUGCAGAGAUGGUAAAUUUGUUGAAACUCCAGACAAUUGUGUAGAAACACAAGCAAGUGGAAAACCAUCAAUGAAACAAAAUGGUGAUACGAUGAAUGAUCUGCCGGAGAACUCAAAUAAGUUUAAAUCUUUUAAAAAUUCCGCAGAAAGACUUGAUGGUUUAAAGAAGAAGAGCGUUUUUGUUGAAAAAAGAGAAACUGAGCAAUUUCCUAACGUAGACACACAAAAAGCUAAUAAUAAUAAUCCGGAAAAUGACAAUUUUAAUGGAAAUAGCCAAGAAUGGCGCAGGAAACAAAUGGAACGUCGAGAUGAUUAUAGAAAGAAUGAAAAUUUUUCAGAAAAGCAGAGAAAAUCUGUAGACAAUUCUAGAGAACGUGACAGUCGAGAAAGCAAUGAAAAGCAUAAUAAAUCUCAAUUUCAUAAGCGCAGAGGAAGUCAUGAGGCUUACGAUGAUCAUGAUGACGACGAUGAUUCAGACGAACGUUUCGGAAAGCGCUCAUUUAAGCACGAUAAAAGUGAAAUCAACGAUAAUAAUCACAAAUACAAUAAACAACGUCGCUAUAAAGGAUCAUCUGGCGAACGUCACAAUAAAGACGAUAGUGACUGGCAUGACAAACUUAUGCAUCAUCGUGAAAAUGCUAGGAGACAAAAUGAACAUCAGUUUAAUGAAAAAAAUUGGUACAUUAAGCGUGGCGACAGUCGCGAACGAAUACGAGUGGGAGAAAUGGGCUUUAGGUAAAAAUACUUUUUAUUUUGAAUUAAAAUAUUUAAUGUGUUGAAAACCCCAAAACCAAAAAAACAAAAAAAAUAUAUAUAAAACAAAAAUGUUAUAUUAUUUGUUAGUUAAUGUCCUAUGCAAACCCAAAAUAUUGUGUUAUUGCGAUUUUUACUUCUAUUGUAACCUUAAUUUUAAUUUGAAUUCAUAUAUGACGUUUCAACUUUUAAUAGGUUGGAUAUAAUAUAAAAUUAAACAAUUCUGUUGUGAUAAUAAAAAAGGUUUUUCAUUUUUAUUCUGUAUUAUAA